UGCUGUCGGGCGGGGGGCGGGCGAGCGCGGCACGGCACGGCACGGCCGGAGCCCGAGCCCGAGCCCGAGCCCGAGCCCGCGGCCCUUCUCUGUCACAUCCGCACGAAGCCAAACGACGGCGGGAUUUAGCCCUUCUUUGAACCCUUUGUUUACCUCGGAUCUAAUGUUUAUCCUGAGGAUAACAGGAUUUCCUGUGUGUUCAAUCAAAGCACUUAGACUUCAAUCACUGCUGCAGCUCUGCUCCGAUGUUUUACACAUGAUUUACCUGUGGUAGAUGCCUGUGCUGGGGCUUCCCCCCCUCCAUCAGAAGACAUCGCUGCCAGCCUUGUGCCAGAGGGGAAGGCGGAGGGAGGGAACAUCAGUCAUUAAGUUUUUACAUAAAUAGAGACAGUCUGAGGACUAUCACAAGUAGAAACCAAUCCAGCGCAUAAUUUUAAAUCAAAUAAUGCUUCUUAGAGUUUCCAAGUGCCGGUGUCUAGACACCGAUGGAUGAUGAGCAGAAGGUAACAGAAAGAAAUUCAAAAUACCUCUAUUAGUAGAAGGAUCAUUUCAAAUUAUACUCCACACUCCCUGUUAUUUUUGAAUUACAGCUGUGGUUUUUCUACGUGUCCUUUUUUGAAUGGGGUCAUGAUUUCUACAGCAGUGGAGGUGCUGAGCUGUAAAAAAAACAUGGUGUGUUGUUAUGCAGAGCAAGUCUAAAUCACAGCGGGGUUUUUGCAUACAAAGCGCAAUCCCAUUAUUAAUUAUUAUUCUGGAAAUAUUAUUCUCUUCAGCAGCCUGAUCACGGCUUGGCGGUUGCUGCUCUUUUAUCGGUGCUGAAGCUCAUUCCUCAGAUCAGAUGGAAAAGGACCUGGCGCACGUCCUAUGUUGUGAUUAAUUUCUAACUCAUGACACUUCAGGCUGAUGGCAUUUUCUUCUGAAACUUGAACAGCGAAGGAUUCUUGUACUGCUAUACAACAGACCAGGAUUGCUGUUUGCAUCACGGAUGCUUUUUUUAAAAUUAUAAGGCUGUAUUCUCUCUGUUCGUGAUCAGGUGGUUAGACGUUUCAUACAGCAGUAUUUGCAGGAGUAUGACAUUGAUUUUUUUACAAAUCUAAACAGUUUAAUAGUAGUAAAGGAUGUAACCAUUUAGUGAAGCAGAUUGUGUUGAUUCAGGCUUAAAAGUUAGUUAGUAAGCAAUUUCUAUAUUUAGAAAAAGUGCAGUACGCUGCAGUGUCUCUUAUAUGAGGUUUUAUUGUCCAGCUCAGGGAUAGGCAACUCCUGGCACGUGUGCCAGAGUGUGGCACGCAAAGGCAUUUUGCUUGGCACAUGUGUGUCAGGGCAGAUAGUGGGAGAGCCAUGAGGGGCCCAAUCCUUGCUGUGGCAGUGCAGCCCAGCCCCUUCCUCGCUGUCUGCCUAGAGGCGCAUGCGCACCUGCCACCAGCACCAAGCCAGGCCCAAGCUCCGUGGACCCCGGUGCAGCCCUAGUGCAGCCAGCCCUAGGCUCCAUGGCGGGGCAGGGAACGCAUGCCUCAGGGUGGACAGCAGGCGAGGGGGACGGGCUGCACUGCCGCAACAAGGAUCGGGCCCCUCAUAACACCCCUGCCAUCCACUCCUGGCACACCAGCAUCUUACAAGUUGAGGUUGUGGAUGUUUUCCCCAAAAAACAUUGCCCACCCCUGGUCCACAUCAUCAGUUGCAGCCAGUAGAGCUGUGCAGAUUUAAAUCAGCUAAGGAUCUGGCACAGCUACGUUAGCUAUGAAAGGUCAGCCUGACUGAGAUUCUUAAAUAAAAUGUGACAACUUUUGUAUAACUGUUUUUAGCCCUUCAGUGCAGGGUUAGUUGUGCUCUGCAAUCACUGGAGUGAUUCAGACACUAUUCCCUUCAUCAGAUAAGUCAGAUACAUCUGCACUUAGUUACUCUGGCUUUUUGCUCAUGUAACUGAGAGCAGAAUUUGGAUCUCUCUCUCCCAAUAUUCAGGCCAUUCUAUGUUUGCCUUAAGUUGCCAGCUCUUCAGUAAAUAUAUUUCUAGUCACUCGCACAGUGCGCAGAUUCCUUUGUACUGACCCAAGAUCCCUGCUGCGUCACAGAUAUGCUGGGUCAGCCUUAAUUUGGGGAAGAGUCUGUUGUCAAUAAUACUCGAGUCUGCUUCUUUCUGUUAUAACUGCCCCACUCAACUUCACUGGAGAUAAUUUAGCACCCCUGGCUGACACCUCUCUCGAUUGUUUGUUUUUUGUGCCAUUUCCCCAACAUUGCAUUAUUACUAGUGCAGCCUCCUGAACAGCAGCAAGAGUGAGGGCACUCAUAGCAGAUAGGGCAUUAUUGUUUGUUUGGGUUUGGGGUUUUUUUUUUACCACUGGAUUAUGUAUCCCUGAUCAACACUGAUCUUGGCUGCUGAUACUAUUGCUGCCAGUAGCAAAGUUUCUCAAGCGGUAGAUUUCUCCACCAAAAUCUAGUGUUGUCUAGUAUCUUACACCAGCCUAGUUUGACAGUAACAAGAAUUCACACUAAGAAAAUCCACUAGCAGUCCCAAAUGAGAAUGUAUCAACUCUCAAAUGUCAUUUCACAUAUGGAAGCAACUUGAGCAAACUCCCAUUACGGUUGGAUGUCUCUGGCAUGCUCUGGGAUUUUAUUUGCUGCAGAUGCCCCUCUCCAAAGAAAUCUGACUCUUCCCAUAUGGGGGAUAGCCAGAGCUUAGUACCUACUCCCCACAACAAUAUCUAAAUAGGAGCAGGAAAUAAAUGAUGGGCUGACAAUAUGACUGCUUACCCAUGCAGCACCAUCUCCAUGGAAACAGACUGUCCUAGAAUAGUUCAAUCACAUAAGGGUUACAUGACAUGAAUAAAGUAACUAGAAAACUGGAAAAUAUCUUAAGAGUUGGAGAUACUUGUACUUAAUUUAUUGCCCUUGACUCUUUCAACAGCAAAUAAUCAACAGAGCUAGCACUGAAAACUAAUUUAGUGUAUUUAUAACCUAAUUUGGAACGAUGGGAUAAUGAAAAUUUAAAGGGACCUUCCUUUAAAGGGCUGUUCAUUGGCUUAUUUCCAACCCAGGAGACCUCAGUGUAGAAGGUGUCUUGAAUAAUUUCCCACGUGAUCCAUUACUUCUUGGACUUUUUCCUGUGGUGCCCUGAUUGUUCUCAAAACCUGACUGGUAGCCCUGCAUUUUCUGCUUAUGCUUCUGAAAUUUAAAUAUGUAGCUAAAUGUUUCUUUGCUUUCCUUUUGUAAUAUCAAGGCGUAUCCCUGAAAUGCGUUUCCUCCACUUUCUGGCAUAACUGAAUAUGCAAAUAUUUACUACCUUAAACUGGGAUUCAGUACUACUUGGCAAUAGAGUAGCCUGUGAAACAUUAAGGACAUGCUCCAGCUUCCCAAGACGUACAUUUUUUAAGAGGACAACCGCUUAGCUUCCAGAAUGGUCAAGUCACAGAAGCCUGGUGUGAGGCUGACCCCAGUUCUCAAGAGCAGCAGGGCACGCUGGCACAAAUGGACUAUUGGCAUGAAAUUGUCUCAUGGGACCAGUCAAGAUUUUCUUCUCUGUAUUUCAUUCCCUGCUGAAUGAGUUCCAUAGCCUUCUCUGCCUAGACCCAGUGGAUAUUAGGGAAAAACCAACCAGAUGCCUCAUCUAGCAAAACUUACACAUGAGAGAAGUAUUUUCUCAUGUGAAUAAACCCUUUCAAGUCAAUGAGAUUGCAUUUUACAUACUGCUCAUAUGCGUAGGACUGCAGGGUGGCACUCAGAAUGUGUUUUCUUCCAAUUCAGUCUGUAUUCAUUGACCAAUGGAUGAAUUCAACAUAACAAUUGUUCACUUAAAAGUAAACUCAAUUCAUUGUGAACCGUAUGCUUCUUAAGGAUUUUACCACUCACCACAAUAAGGACUUUGGCAAAGGAAUCAUUUAGAAAUCUAUCAUAUAUAGCAAACUCUUUCUACCAAUUGACACUACAGUUUGUUAGAAAAAUAAUCACUAGUAGUAUUGCAGUACCUCAUUACCCAGAUCAAUCGCAUAUGUGAGAUAAUAGCAGCUAUGGAGCACUUCAUGGAACAAUGGGAAUGAAUCAUAAUGUCAGUAACUGGAAAGACAGUUGUACAUUUUGCUUUCUGUUUGUUCAGCCUACAGACCGUAUUACUUAAUUGUGACUCUUUGAGAUUAAUUCUUAUAGUAUUUGUGGUCUACUAUAGUUAAAGACUAGAAAAAGAAUUAUGCUUUUCUAUUUUCACAUUUACUCUUCUGGUACCUCCAACAGAAAACAUUAUUAUUCCAAUACCUGGAUCUUGGGAAAGAUCUAAAACGGAUAUUUUGCUAACUGGUCAGUGAAAGGGUACAGACAUUACUUUUGAAAAUUGCUCGAUCUGUCCCAAAACAUGGCUAUAAUUGUUACUAAAUCAUCUGUAAGAUUAUACAGGUGUCAGUUUUAGGCCACAUGCCUGGCUUCCAAAAGAAUUCUCUUUGUUGAUAGCUUUUUUCUUGGCAUAUAUGUUGGAUAUAUCACAUGAAGAUAUAUUGGUGCAUGAGGAAUGUUACAGUUUCCAUUACACAGGGCUUUCAUUCUAAUGGUCUUGUAAACUGUGGGUCUCAUUCUAAACGUGCUCAUGAGAGCUGUUCUCCUGAAAGUAGCAAAACUUGUGUCCUGUUUGGGAUUACUUUACCCAUCCGCUGAACUGUAGCCAAUACUGGGGUGGAAAGGUUGCUUUAAAGGUGACUUGCAAAGGAUUUUCAACAACUGGAUUUGUGCCCAGUUUUGUUUAACAUAUGAAAGUAGAGAACAACUAAAACUGUAUGGAAAAUUCAGAAAGGCAGAAUAUAAUUAAAAUGGAAUCUGGCCAGAACCUUUUCAUUCUGAAGGUGCUUUGUGUAUGGUGUGGUAUCUUCGGAAAGAAUUUAAAGUUGUUUGCUGCAAGAAAGUACGGACAAUGAUGUUCCAUUUUUGUUGUUUGUCUUGUUUUGGAUGGCUUUAUGUUUACUAAGAACAACGAGUCAUUCUUUUUCUGUUUUGCCGAUUAAUGGUGCUGCAUGUGUACUGUUGUUAUGGUACACACACAUUUUGCAGCUAAGCCUCACCCUUAAUAAAUGCAAUGGAAGACCUGAGUUUGGGGAGGAAAGAGAAGGAGAGACUAUUUGUGGGAGGAGAUGCAUGUUGGACUGAGGAUUGUGUCAUUCUACCUGAAUCAAAAGGUUUUGGGGGAGAGGAGAGAGACAGUAUUUUUGGAGUUAUUUUGUUUGUGCCUAUAAACAGUAAAAAUAGAGCAAAAAACCUAGAAUUUAUUCUCAUUUCCCUGGGGCCUGGACACACCACAUGGUAGCCAACAGUGUAACUUGUAUCCAUUUUGUACCUCAGUUUAAAUGACAUCUGGAGCAGACAGGUGACCAGCUCUCCCCGGGCAGCUGCCACAGUAGGUGUUAUUAUAGCACCUUGUCACUAGGGGGCAGGGGAGCUGGUUAUCAUUGAGCCAGUUGUUUUCAUACAACUCCUCUGCUGGUGUAAUUUACACCCGUACACUUCUACCCCUGGUGUACUGCUACAGUGGGGUCUAGCAAAUUGAGGAGGACCACACCUCAAAUGUCUGCUGCUUUUCUUACACUCGUGCCAGGUCAGAUUACACUGGUGUAAACCUGGGUGCCCAGAUCUUUUGUUGAAGGUUAAUUAGGAAUAACCUGUAUGCUUUACACGGAUAUAAGAUAAGUGGCCUGAUUCUGAUAUUUCUUUAUACGCUAAUUAGCCCCUGGGUUCCAAAGUCCCUGCAACUAACAAACAUUUUACUCCAAUUAUUUCAAUUUCACUUGACUAUUAAAUAAACAGAAGGUACUUCCCAGUUUCACGCUCGUGUAAAUAUUUUCAGCAUUGCGAAGGCUAUAUUUUAGCCUAUUUCCAGAUGUUGUGUUUGGAAAUGUCUUUAGUUUGUUGCAGAAGCAAAAAGGGAAUCAUCUGAUAUUUUGGAUACAAUGUGGGGAGGGGAGGAGUGAAACCUGAAAAUCAAUUCAAAUGCAAGAACAUGUGCAACUGGACCAGGCCGUUUACAGUGGCAUGCUAAUUCCACUGCCAGUUGCCAGAAGGUUUCCUAAAAAGGGUUGUAGCUGAUGUUUUCUAAUGUGCAGGCAGUUAAACAAUUAUUUUGUCACUUUAUCUCAUUGUCUCAGACAGAAAAAUGAAAACCCACCCAGCCAUCGUUUUCCUCCUCCUCUUCGUGAUCAGCUAUGGCUCUUCUGAAAACUCGAGUACAUCUAGAGGAUGUGGACUGGAUCUUCUCCCCCAGUAUGUUUACCUGUGUGACCUGGAUGCUAUCUGGGGAAUAGUAGUGGAGGCCGUUGCUGGAGCAGGAGUGCUGACAACACUGCUGCUGAUGCUGAUUUUGCUAGUGAGGUUGCCAUUCAUCAAGGACAAAGAGAAGAAAAGCCCACUGGGAAUGCAUUUCCUCUUUCUUUUUGGGACUCUAGGACUGUUUGGGCUGACGUUUGCAUUCAUCAUACAAGAAGAUGAAACAUUAUGUUCCAUCCGAAGAUUUCUGUGGGGAGUUAUCUUUGCCUUGUGCUUCUCAUGCUUGCUAGCUCAAGCCUGGAGACUACGUAGGCUAGUUCGACAUGGUAAAAGUCCAUCUGGCUGGCAUCUGGCUGGCAUGGCAAUCUGUCUGAUGCUGGUCCAAGUCAUUAUUGCAACAGAGUGGCUGAUACUGACAAUUGUGAGAGACAAGAAAUUGGCCUGCAAUUAUGAGCCAAUGGAUUUUGUUAUGGCUUUGAUUUAUGUUAUGUUCUUGAUGGUGGUAGCCAUGGGCUUGUCUCUCUUCACUCUCUGUGGAAAAUUUAAGAAGUGGAAGAAAAAUGGAGUAUGCCUCAUUAUAACAGUUUUUUUCUCAAUUCUGAUUUGGGUAGCUUGGAUGACUAUGUACCUGUUUGGUAAUAUUGAACUGAAGAGAAAAGACAAAUGGAAUGAUCCCACUCUUGCAAUUGCACUGGUGUCUAGUGGUUGGGUGUUUGUUAUUUUUCACGCUAUCCCAGAAGUUCACUGCACCAUUCUUCCAUCACAGCAAGAAAACACACCCAAUUAUUUUGAUACUUCACAACCAAGAAUGCGGGAGACUGCUUUUGAGGAAGAUAUACAACUUCCUCGAAGCUACAUGGAAAAUAAAGCCUUUUCAAUGGAUGAACAUAAUGCAGCUUUAAGAACAGCAGGAUUUCGCAAUGGCAGUCUGGGCAGCCGACCGAGCGCUCCCUUUAGAAGCAAUGUUUAUCAGCCAACUGAGAUGGCAGUUGUGCUGAACGGUGGGACUAUACCAACUGCUCCGCCAAGUUACACUGGAAGACACCUCUGGUGAAAGCUAUGGGUUCUAGAGAAUAAGAGUCAUUGUUACAGAUUUUGUUCCCUGGCAGUGUUUUUUUCUGAGGGAGGAAUCAAAAAUGCCAGAACAAAGCAACAAAAGAUCCAGGAGCUGAAAUCCUAGAGGGGAUUUUAUGUAAAUGUGAACACUAUUGAACUGAAGCUAAUCAUAAAAAUACAACUCUGCAAAAUUCAAGCUGACUCUAAUUUGAAGUAGAACUAGGCACACUUUAAAACUGAAGAGGGGAUACUGCAUUCAGAAAUGUAAGAUAUAGUCUCUCUGUAACUAGUGUGCAAGGCAAGCCUGAUUUUUAUUGCUUGCCAGUUGCUUGCAAAAAAAAACCCUCCUCUCUUUCCUAAACUUAAUCCAUAUUGCCACAAGAGAUUGCCACUACAGCGUGAAAACAUACAGGCUUUCUUUCUACUUUGUUGAUUUUUUUUCUUCAUUUCAAAUGUCUCAUGAAAAACUUUCUUGUUUGCUCUGUUAUCCAUUUCUGAUGUAAAUGUCCUUGUGAAUGUCAUGUAGAGUUGAGCAUUGCUGGUCUGUGGCAACAAAGUGACCACCACUCUCAACAAUGAUAUGCUUUUAUUCUUUAAAAGGAUCAUGAAUCAAAUUUGGUGCUGGACAGAUGGAAGGGCUGUGGCAUGUUUUGUGCAACUGUGUAAAGCCCCUGAAUGGUAGAGAAGGAAGGUAGCGGUCCAAGGUAGAGUUAGAUCUUCUCAGUCAUAUGGAAUCGGAAAUUGAUGGUCAAGAUACCCUGUUGUUGCAGUCUCACCCCAGAGUACAGGCAAAGAACCACAUGUUCUCAGACUCUUAUUUUUGUACAAAUGUACAUGUGGGGCCACUGUAUGAAACAAUGCAGAGACCUGCUUCUGCAGAGACUUAGCUGAGGAGAGAAUAAGGCUUGGGUUUGCCAAGGAGUCCCAAGAGAUGAAAGAGUAAAUGAAACCACCUGUACGACAGAGAUCUUAUGGGCUGAUCCUUAAGAUGUUGAGCAAAGCACCUCAGUAGCAGCUGAAGGAUACAGCUCUCCUUCCAGGAGGUACUUGGUAGCUUCAGGGAUCAGACCUUCUAUUUCUAGAGGUGGGCCUGGUCUUGCAAUCCCUACUCAUGUGAGUAGCCCCACGGACUGCAAUUUUUAGCGCACUUCAGUGUGUAGGUAGCAGCAUCUCCAUGCGGGAGGUCAUGGUGUUUUUAUUUUUAUUAUUUUAUUUGGGGAGCUUAUAUAAGGCAGACUCUAUCAAAGGGUUAGAAGUUAUCUAACCAGGUUCUCAUUGCCCAUUUUUCGUGCCAUGGCCUUCAUUACUUUUAAGCAAAUCAUUCCUUUAUUAUUUAGCAUUUAAUACAUAUCAAACAUUGAAAGCAUCAUUGAAUUCACUGUUUGGCCAAUAUUACUCUUAGUUUUCCUAGAUAAUAAAAGCAAACUCUUUUUACAGGAGGGUAUAUGAAAGUGUAUAAGGAUGAAAUUUUGCAUAUGCUGUAAUAAAAAUAUAUAUUUUCAAAUAAAAAGUAUAAAUGUAGAAAGGAAACUGAACACCUGAAUAGCUUUACAGGAAAAAGCUCCUUGCUAUAUACUGCAAAAGAUAAGCUGUUUAUUUUUUUAAUAAAAAAGUCUUCCUAGUUUGUCAUGUACCUCCAGUUCUAAUAUAAGAGAAUAUAAUCCUGUAGACUUGUAUUCAAAUGAGUAGGUCCAUUGACAUCAGUAAGUCUACCUACAAGUGCAAGGGCUGCAGGAUCAGGACCUUAGUGCUGCACACAAAUAUACC